CUCAUUUUGUCACUUUUCAGAGCAACUGCAUACGUAUCAUGGUGUAGUAGUGAAAGGCCUGCGACAUGUUACUCCUUUCUCCCGUCUUCUUGGUAGCAGCAUUUUCUGUCCUCGCUUUAGCGUAUCUCAUUCGCUGCGUCCUUGACCCGUUGUGGAAAGUUCCCGGCCCGAGGAUAUCCGCCUUCACUUCCCUCCUUCUGAAAUGGCAUGAACUACAAGCAACCAGGACGAAGCACAUCCAUGCGCUCCACCAGCAAUAUGGCCCAGUCGUCCGAAUCGCACCAAACGAGGUCUCGUUUACAUCGUACGAAGCCGUCAAGGAGAUUUACUGCUCUGGAGGCAGCGGUUAUGACAAGACGGAGUUUUAUGACUUGUUUAAAGUCUAUGGACGAAGGACUAUGUUCACAACGUUGAAUAAGGAAGAUCAUGCGAAGCGCAAGAGAAUCAUUGCGGACCGCUACGCAAACAGCAACGUCCUGCGGCCUGUACCUCUCGGCGGAAUCCAGGAGAGGUCGCAAAAGUUUAUCAACUUGUGCGAGAAGUCCGUCGGCAAGAGCCACGACAUAUUCAUGAGUCUUCACUCAUACGCCUGUGAUUGCGUCACACACCACCUGUUCCAUCCGUACGGCAGUAACUGCCUGGAGAACGAGGCGGACGAGGAAAUGAUGCACCAGGUUGCUGCUGAUGACAGCCUUCAAAACCGCCUUGUUCAGCACUAUAGUCCCGCGCUGCACAAGCUCCUCUCUCGGUUCCUGUACUUCUUCGCAAAGCCCCGCGAGACGCCCCUCGCCGACACCUUUGUCAUCGAGUCCAGCAAAAAGCCAGACCCGGCGGCCUUCACGCUCCUGAGCCGGCUCCACGACAAGGCCGGCCAGGGACUGGACCAGCUCGACAUGGCGGGCGAGUGCCUCGACCACAUGGCGGCAGGCAUCGACACGACGGGCGACGGGCUGUGCUUCCUCAUGUGGGAGCUCUCGCAGCCGCGGUCCCUACGUUUCCAGGAGACGCUCCGCCGCGAGCUGAGAGAGAACCCGGGAGUCGCGUUCGACAAGUUGCCGUUCCUCGACGCCAUUGUGCAGGAAGGGUUGCGGUGCUUCCCAGCUAUCCCGAUGUCCCUGCCGCGUUAUGUUCCCCGUGGCGGGCGGGUGAUUGACGGGUAUGCCAUCCCAGAGAAGACUACAGUCAGCUGCCAGGCGUAUUCUAUUCACCGCAUCAACGAGGAAGUGUUCCCGGAGCCAGACUUGUUCAACCCUGAUCGGUGGAUGGAGCCAACGGGUGACGCUGAGAGGAAGCGGCUCAUGUUUGCGUUUGCCAACGGAGGCCGGGGAUGUGUUGGCAAGCAUCUGGCGCUCGCCGAGAUGAAGACUCUGUUGACGGAUAUUUACACCCGUUACACGACGCUUCCUGAGACGUCAAUGACGGAGGAGUCAAUGGCCAUGUCGGACCAGCUCAUCUCCUCGCGACCCCUAGGACAAAACUGUUUGCUGCAGUUUGUUCCCGUUGGCGAGAAGCGGGAAUGAUGGGGUGUUCGAUAGGAGGAACGGGGAGAUUCCAAAGGUUGCAUAGUGUGUGUUGCAUUUGGCGCGAAGUGUAUGGAUGUCAUUGUUGGCAUAUCGCGUCUGGGCGUUUCUGUGAGUGUUUGAUCAUUCCGGUACUGGAGCACGGGUAGGUAGCGUUUGUGGCAUCUGGGGUCUGGGGCAGGAAUGCUGAAUCAGUAAAAAACAACGUGCCUCGAUAAACGAGACAGCUUGGCAAAUGUGGUUGGAUAGGCAUGGUCCCUAGAGACCUGGAGGGCCAAUACCAAGUCACAUCGUGCCAAAAAAGAUUUCGUGGUGAUUCAUGAAUGUACAUCGUUGUGCGGCGUCCAUGUGUGGCCUUGCUUGGGAGUUCACUGGGACCACACACGUUUUACUGCGUACGUGGACAAGCCAGGCUUUCCGCUGUCAACUGCCCUGCUUUUUGAAUACAU